AUCUUCUUCAAUUCGUAGAUCUCAAUCCAAAGCACAGAAAACCCAAAGAGAAACCUCCUCCUCCUCCGUCUCGCCAUAAGCGCACGCGCAUUCCGAUUCUCGCUGUUCGUCGCCAAUUGGGCUGGCGAGCUCGCCGAUGAACAGCAAUCUCCGAAGCAAAUCGCGUUCUUGACGGCCCCGGUGAUUCUCAGUUCAAUCGGAGGUUUAGUUGCCGUUCGUAGAGUUCUUGUGCUCUGAAAGGUCGCCAUGGCUGCGUCGGAGGAGAAUAGUGCGCUGUUUCCUAUUUUCAUUUUGACUAUAAUGGCGCUGCCUUUAGUGCCUUAUACCGUUAUGAAGUUAUGCCGUGCUGCUUCCAAAAAAUCAAAGAUCAUGCACUGCCAGUGUUCGGAAUGCUUGAGAUCAGGGAAGUAUCGCAGGUCAAUAUUCAAGAGGAUCUCCACGUUUUCAACGUGCAGCAACCUGACGUUAGUACUUCUCUGGGUCGUGAUGAUAUUUCUAGUCUACUACAUUAAAAAUAUGAGUGGGGAGAUUCAAGUUUUUGAGCCAUUUAGCAUUCUUGGGUUAGAACCUGGAGCCUCAGAUUCAGAAAUAAAGAAGGCGUAUAGAAGACUUUCAAUUCAAUACCAUCCUGAUAAGAACCCUGAUCCAGAGGCAAACAAGUUUUUCGUGGAGUACAUUUCCAAGGCUUAUCAAGCUCUCACUGAUCCUAUAUCUAAGGAAAAUUUUGAAAAAUAUGGUCAUCCGGAUGGGAAGCAGGGAUUUCAAAUGGGUAUCGCUCUCCCUCAGUUCCUGCUGGACAUCGAUGGUGCUUCUGGUGGAAUUCUUCUACUUUGGAUUGUGGGCGUCUGUAUUCUUUUGCCACUAGUUAUUGCCGUGAUAUACCUCUCAAGGUCAUCAAAGUAUACUGGAAACUAUGUCAUGCAUCAUACACUGUCCAAUUACUAUCGCUUAAUGAAACCUUCUUUGGCCCCGAGCAAAGUUAUGGAGGUCUUUAUCAAGGCUGCUGAAUUCAUGGAAAUUCCAGUCCGAAGGACUGAUGAGGAACCCCUUCAAAAGUUGUUUCUAUUGGUCAGGAGCGAGUUGAAUCUGGAUCUCAAGAACAUCAAGCAAGAACAAGCUAAGUUUUGGAAGCAACAUCCCCCAUUCGUUAAGACAGAAUUGUUGAUUCAGGCUCAGUUAACAAGAGAAUCGGAUUCCUUGUCUCCAGCUUUGGUUGGUGAUUUCAGACGUGUUUUGGAACUUGCACCUCGGCUACUUGAAGAAUUAAUGAAGAUGGCUGUCAUUCCUCGCACUGCCCAAGGACAUGGUUGGCUGAGGCCUGCAGUUGGGGUUGUGGAGCUUUCUCAAUGCAUUAUUCAGGCUGUUCCUCUCAGUGCAAAGAAGACAACUGGAGGAUCUAGUGAAGGCAUUGCACCUUUUCUGCAGCUACCGCAUAUCAGCGAAUCUGUUAUUAAGAGGAUUGCUCGCAAGAAAGUGAGAACAUUUCAGGAGCUUCGGGACAUGUCUCUUGAGGACCGCGCCGAACUGCUCCAGGCAGCAGGCGUCUCCAGCACAGAAGUACAAGACAUAGAGAGAGUUCUAGAGAUGAUGCCUUCUCUAUCAAUAGAAGUUACAUGCGAGACUGAAGGUGAAGAGGGCAUACAAGAGGGCGAUGUGGUCACGAUUCAGGCUUGGGUUACACUCAAAAGAGAUAAUGGACUUGUCGGCGCCCUACCUCAUGCUCCGCGGUACCCUUUUCACAAAGAAGAAAGUUUCUGGUUUCUUCUGGCAGACCCCAACUCCAAUGACGUUUGGUUUUCUCAGAAGUUGAGUUUCAUGGAUGAAGCGGCUGCUGUAAGUGCUGCCUCUAAGGCAAUUGAGGAGACAAAGGAGGGAUUGGGAGCAGAUGCAAAGGAAAAAAGUAAGGCCAUCAGAGAAGCAGUGGAGAAGGUGAGGGGUGGCUCGAGGCUGGUCAUGGGCAAGUUUUUGGCCCCAGUGGAAGGGAACUACAAUUUGAUGUGUUACUGCUUGUGUGAUUCGUGGAUUGGCUGCGACAAAAAAGUGAACUCAAAGGUGAAAGUUCUCAAAAGGACUCGUGCAGGCACUAGGGGCGGCGCUGCACUGGAAGAGGCCAUCGUGGAGGAUGGGAUCGAAGAGGAAGAGGAGAAUGAUGAAGAGGAGUACGAUUACGAGAGCGAGUACAGCGAAGAUGAGGCCGACGAGCAGGACUCGAAAAAGAAGGGCAAGACUGCUAACGGCACGGUGCCUAAGAAGGGCUCAAGUUCGGAAGGCUCGGGGACGGAUGAGGACUGACCACAGUUCAAUAGAAGAGACGGUGUGGAACUUCAUUGUGUACUUUUGACCCCUUCUAGUUACGGCAAGAGUUCUCGAUAGGUCCAGGAUUGAUAGUUAAUUUAUACCGUGGAUAUUGGUUCGAGCCAAAUGAUGAUUACCAAAAGAAUUUUGUU